GAACGCAUACGAUAUAAUCUUUCAUAUACGACCACAUUUUAGUACACUACUGUUCAUAACUUGACGAGUGCUGCAAGCUGCGCUGUGCUAAUGCCUCUCGCCAUGUUUUGUUUUCGCUUUAGAGUGUUAUAGAAGAGGUAAUUAGUAUAAUGUGUUCUUUGCAAUAGUUGACAAUAAACGCAACAGACACACACAGUCAGUUUUACUGUAUCCCUCGUAUGGCUACGCCUCAAGGCAUAACUAUCCUCUCAAAGAUCGAAGGUGUCAUAUAUUUGGAGGGUCGCCUUAAAUCAAUACUUGUCUUCACUGCGUCGAAAACCAGGCCUUUUUCUCAAGCGCCCUGGAUUUGAGGCUAUCACUGUGGUUCAAUCACACCUACACAACACUGGAGACCACACCCUUUAAAAAGGCGUGAUGUCUAGUCUUGCUCAAGAUUUCAUUUAGGAUUUCAUAGAAGAUUUUGGAUUUCAUGCUUGAUUUUUACUGAUUUCAAGUUGGGUUGUACGAGAUUUCACCUUGUUGCCAGCCCCUCGGCUAUUUUUAGAGUAUUUAUUAAUUGCUAUAACGUGUAAGCGUGCUGGUUAUAACUACUACAAAAGGUAUAGACUUUAAAUAAUAUAAAUGAGUUGCACAGAAUAAGCACACUUACUUGUGGGAACUGUGCGUAGAAUAGGCCAUCAGCUUAGCUAUUGCCGGGCCACACCCAUCUACAUCUUUGGCUUGUUAAGAUAGCCUCGAAUAAACUGCGGGUAAAGCGGAUAUUACUCGAGGGUAUCUUCGUUUUCAAUAUCUCCUUUUCCUGUAUCUAUGGAUUCAUCAAUCAAUAUAUUUACCAGAUUAAUUUAUAUUACCACAUUAUACUUAACAUCACUAGUCUGCUAUCUACAACAAAUACACAAGUCCCUCGCUCGCCCCAAACUUGCUCUGCAUGCUCCUAGUUAUUAUUUUGGUGCUGUAAUUAGAAUGUAUACGGUAGAAGGUAUACGGUAGAAGGUAGAAGACUACCUACAGCUGGCUGUUAUGUAAUAGACUCAGAUAUUGACAAUGAACAAUAGAAACUUGGUUCUAUGUGUAGACUACUUCAUUCCUGAAAUUCUGUAUUAUAUAUACUGUACACUCAACUCAAUCAGACUUCUAAAACUCGGUGUAAAUUCCUUCAGAAUCAAUAUUUUAUAGUGGCAGCAUAAAAAAGAAAAAUAGGGGAACUAAACGGAAGAAGGUAACCAAUUUAGCAAAAUCUGCCAAGGCCUACAUGUAAUUGUGCACACUGUUAGCCUCGGCCUCGCCACCAGGCCUAAUUGUAAUGAUAUAUAGGUGUUAUUUUAAACCAAGCGUUAUACAUUUGUGAAAAAUCUGCCUGCAUGGUGAUGAAGCUAGCACAACGUAUGUUAGUUUUAGCUCUUCACAAACAGUAUACACAUGUUGGUGCCAUCUUUUGUUUUCAAGUCCUACAUGCUGUAGUUACGUAAUUGUGAGAUGCUCUGUUCGUGACCAGUGAUGUGAGAACGUUCGGAUCCUAUAGUGUAAAAGACACUAUUGAAUAAACUUGCAGUGUUUACAUUUAUAUAUUAUAGCAGCUGUGUGGUUGGUUUCUAUAGUAUAUACGAGGAGUUUUAAAAAUUAAUGAUAAACACUAGCCAGCAAUUUUGUGUGCAAAACUUUAUGAUAAUGGACAAAAUCAUUAGUCACAGUAAUGCUGCAUACGGUCUUGAAAGUAGAGUGGAGGACGAAAAUGUUUAUGAACUUAUACAACCAACGGAAGAAGACUUCAAUCCAGCAACAGACAAAGAAGUGUUCGUCAAAGUGCGAGUGAAGUGCUAUGCUAUUACCACCAUCUUAGCUCUAUUGAUAGCUGUCCUUUCACUGAUAGUGGCUUUGGCAGGAGUGAGCUAUGCUUCAAUAGAAUUGAGCAAUCAGCAAAGUCAACUGAGCAGUUCCAUGGUAUGCAGUCAGGAGCUGGGAUCCGGCAUAAGCAAUCCAGCUAGCUCUUGCAAUGCCAUACCUCAAUACACACCAUCUGGUGAAUAUUGGAUAGUGACUAACAGAACUAGCUGUCCUGUUCGGGUCUACUGUGACAUGAAUCAAACAAGCUGUAGCUGCAACACUACAGGAGGAUGGAUGAGGGUAGCCAACCUUGACAUGACUGACCCCAACCAGACCUGCCCGGGUGGAUUCAGACUGAUGUCAAGGACAACGCCACCACUGCGUACUUGUGGCAGACCUGGACCAGCAGGAUGUGUGUCUACUACCUAUCCAACUUAUGGGGUGGAGUACUCUCGAGUUUGCGGGAGAGUGAUUGGCUAUCAAGACGGAUCACCAGGUGCUUUUGCACCGUAUUAUUCCAACAGAAAAUUAUCUGUUGACGAUGUUUACCUUAAUGGUGUGAGUCUAACUCAUGGACGGUCACCUCGACAGCACCUCUGGACAUUUGUUAAUGCAGCCGAUGAAACUCGUACUCGCUCAAGUCGCAAUGCAUGCCCCUGCACAAGACCUGGCCUUAACUACAAUAAUGUACCCCCUUUCAUUGGUCAAGACUACUUUUGUGAAACAGGAAGCCGACAGACCCAUAGUAUUAAUAAAUUCUACCCUGAUGAUCCUGUCUGGGACGGUCAGGGAUGUGGAGGUAACAGUACUUGCUGUGAGUUCAACAACCCACCGUGGUUCUGCAAGCAACUCCCUCAGCCAACUACAGACGAUAUCGAGUUGAGGCUUUGUGGUGAUGAAAACACAAAUAAUGAAGAUACACCUCUUGAAAUUGUUGAAAUCUUUGUGCAGUGAAGAUGUGAGAUUCCAUUCUUGCAGACUCACAAUUACUUUAUCACUUCAUGUUCGUACAUUGUAUUUGUCUUUAGCAUGCAUGGGUAUAGCCUCUAAUAGCUGUCAUUCAAUCAUAUUUUGCAGAAAGUCCUUCCUCAUCAUUAGAGUAUGCUUCCUUUAGUUUUACUAUUUGAUUUAUGAGAUUCUUAACUUUUCUGAGUUACCACAAUAUAAUUAUACAUUUUGUAGUUAUUAGUGAAAGUGAAUGUUUAACAAUAUUUCUUGCUAUCAAACUGAUCUGUAUUAAAUUCACAUCAAAUUGCAUCAUUGUACUUGCAAACCAGCCAUUGCAUGUGAUACAUCUUAUAAAGAGAGACAGUGAUUGACGCAUGACUAUACACAACACAUAAUGCACUAAAAUCUGAUGUCUGCAUAAUUAUAUGCAGACGAUC